AUUCACUGCGUCAUCCACCCCUCGAUGGCCUCGACGCCGAUAACGCGCAGCCUCUCGCGGCGUCCCCUGCACGACUUCUCCUCCUUCUCCUCCUCCUCCCCAACCCGCAUCUGUCGCAACUGCAAGCUCCCCCGCCGCCCAUUCUCAAGCGCCGCCGCCGUCCCGUCAUCAUCAUCACCACCGCCUCGGCCCCCAGCCUCGGGCAUCGCACCCCUCUCCUCGAGACAGCUGCUCUCCGUGGCCGGCCCCGACGCGGCCAAGUUCCUGCAGGGCAUCAUCACCCAAAACGUCGUCUCCCGCAUGGGCGAGCCCCGGACCGAUCCGUUUUACACGGCGUUUCUGAACGCCACGGGGCGGGUGCUGCACGACGUCUUCAUCUAUCCCGUUCGGGGCGCUGCUGCUGCUGCGGGUGACUCGGCGGCGCAGGAGGGAGACGGCUUCUUGAUCGAGGUGGAUGCGGCGCAGAUGAAUGCGCUGAUGAAAUACAUCAAGCGCUACAAGCUCAGAGCAAAAGUCGCCUUUCGAGCAAUCGAUCCGGGCGAGAUUUCCGUCUGGCACGCAUGGAACGACAACACCACCCCCAGCUCGACCCUCGACAACAUCCCGCCAGACUCAUCGAGGAUCGUCUUCCAGGACCCCCGCGCCCCCGGCCUCGGCCACAGAAUCAUCCAGCUCGCCGGCCAAAAACCCCCCGAGAUCGACAUCGAGCGCGCCACGGAAGACGCCUACACGAUCCGCCGGUACCUCCACGGCGUGCCCGAGGGCCAGGACGAGAUCCUGCGCGAGCAGGCCCUGCCCCUCGAGAGCAACAUGGAGCACAUGAACGGCAUCGACUUCCACAAGGGCUGCUACGUCGGCCAGGAGCUCACCAUCCGCACCAAGCACCGCGGCGUCGUGCGCAAGCGCAUCCUGCCCUGCGCCAUCUACGACCCUGCCAAGGCGGCGCCCCCGAGCCUCGUCUACGACCCGGACUACUACUCCGAAAGCGCGGGAAGCCCCGAGGCGCUGACCGCGGACAUGAUUCCCGCCGAGACCAGCAUCGGGCGCUCCGGCAAGCGCGGGCGCAGCGCCGGCAAGUGGCUCCGCGGCCUGGGCAACAUCGGGCUGGGGCUGUGCCGCCUCGAGAUCAUGACGGACGUGGUGCUGCCCGGGGAGCAGGCGGCGGCCACGUUCCGCGACGGCGACGAGUUUGAGCUGGAGUGGGGGGAGGAGGACAACAAGAGCGGCGUCAAGGUCAAGGCGUUUGUGCCGGAGUGGCUGAGGCGGAAUCUAGACGGACAGCAGCGAUGA